GGCAGCAGAACAUUGCAAAUGACAAGACGCGUAGCGUAGAGUGUAUGUAUAAUCGGUGCCGUGUCUAAAUACGUUGUGUUAAAAGACUUUGAAAGACAUAAAGGAGGCGUUAGUUUAAUCGUUUAUUAAUCGUGUGCAUAGUGUGUGGUGUGUGCGCGUGUACCUCGCCAGCGGAGGCGAGAUUUUUUUAACUAUAAAAUAUAUCUACCACCCGGAGAACCGACCGCAUCUGUCUACAUGACAAAAUGUCGGGAUCGCAGCGGAUGCGAAAAUCCUCACCAUGCUCAACGUCAAAACAGGGCCCGAUGCGGGCCACUUUACCCAUGAGUUCUCUCCUCAGACAAAGCAGUAGUUUGAAAAAAAGCAACAGCAACAGCCCGACCGUCUCGCCGACGAACGCGUGGCGGGCUCGCAUCUCCCCCGAUCAAUCCUCCUCCGGGCAGCGAAGCCCUGGCUCUCUUUCCUACAAAGCGAAGUCAAAAACAUUGAGCGGCAGGUCCAGUGAAGGUUUAAGAUGCAGCAGCGGUCAAAAUAUCAGAAGAACGGCAUCCCUCGAUACUCUAUACCUGAAAGGACAGUGGCCACGCGACGUCUAUUACGUUCACGAAACUUUACUUUCGGUGGACAAAUCCACUCAGACCGAGGAAUGGCCUAAUGAGUCGCGAAAGAUGUAUACCCGGCACGCUGUGGAGCAAACCACAACUGAAGAAAAAUUAGAAAAGCUCAUCAGGCACCGACUACAACGUACCAACAAGGAGGGAACAAGUAGCAGAGAAAGAACGGCUGCCUUCGGACUCAUUAUGCCUAGCGGGCCUCCCCCUGCCUUGGCUGGGGAUCACACAGUCCCGUUGCCAAGCAUCGCUUCACAAACAUCCUUGUACGGCCAAUUCUAUUUGAGCUUCAAAGCCAGUCCUAUGAAUAUUCCGUUAAAACCAAUGAGGCCUCCAAUGCGAUCCUCCAUUGAAGGACUCAAUCAAGAAAUUGAAGGGUUGGUGCUCAAAUCAGGUGGCAAUACCACCGACUCGGACCAAAUUGUGGAAGACAAGUGGUUACGAAUUCGUGAACAAAUCACACCUGAGGGACACCGAGCGCCUUUCCCAGAUCCAAGAAUUACUAGGAGUGUUAACACGCAGACGCCAGCUGGUGAAAUUCACUCCAGCUCUCAUUCUUCAUGCCCUUCGUCAAGGAAUUCUGAGUCUUCACUGAUUCUUGGUAUUAUGGAUGCUUCCCGUUCAGCCAGUGAACUACCAACAGGCGGAAGUCGUGGCUCAACACCAGAACAUGAUAAAGACAGUCGCCCAGGCACAUCACCACACAUCAACCAGUUUUUGGCCAGAGAACCUCCAGAUGGCUGUGAAAAAGUUAAUCUAAAGUUUGAGGAAGUCAGGCGGCCCAUGAUAGACUUGAGCGAAUUAGACAACUUCCCGAAGCCGAGUGUAACAUUCCAGUUAAAACCAAGUUUGGGAUCAGCGUUCCUGCCGUUACAACAACCGGCGAGCCCUACAUUGAUCGUCAGUGCAUCACCCUCUCCACGUACAACACCUUCCACUCCACCCCCAAAUCCGUAGUCCCAGGUCCUCUAUUCUUCGGCAAGAAACGCGUAAACCUGGUUGGUUUAUACUUUUUAGGGAAAUGGAAAGGAAAAAAAAAAAAUAUUUGAAAAAAAGUAAUACGAGAAAUGAAAAAAAAUCUCGCGAUUAGGAUGAUGUAUGCUUUGCUGCAAAGGCAUACUUGCAACUGCAAAAAGUUACGAGCGGAACAGCCAAUUCCCAGUGUAACCCAUAAUUUUGGGUAAUAAUGUGAUUGUGUAACAAUGAAAAGGAACAAGAAAAAAGAAAAAGCUUUAUAAUCACGUCAAUACGAAGUAUUUCAAGUAACGAAAGAAUGAAAUGAAACUAAGCUGCAUUAAUAUUUGAAAAAAUAAUUUGUGAUAAACGAAAACAACGUUUAGGAAUAAACAUUGUGUUCUACAGGGAAAAAGACUAAAAAAAAUUGUGUAUUCUAAAUUUAGUGUAAAAACGUGCUAAACAACUUUAGUUUUGUAUACAUGGACAAAAUAUUCAAAAUGAUGAAAAAGUAUUAAAUUUCAAUGUGAGAAAAGAAAAAAAAAUUAUACAAAUUCAAGCGUUAUCUAUAUGCUUAGGUAAGCAUGUUUACCCGUUUCUAAUGUUUUCAUAAAGCUUUCACCGGUAUGAAUAAUCGAACCUUGUAGAGAUACGAUCACAAUUUACAAUUCCUUUUAUCGUUUUGUAUUAUUACUUGUAUGCUAAAAUAUUCAAUAAUUACAAUUAUCCAGGAUGCCUUAAAGAUCACGCGAUGUGGAGGUAAAUUGUUAUAAUUCUUUCAUGUUAUUAUUUUCUUAAUGGAAAAACUAGUAGAAAAAAAAAAAAAUCAAAAUUUAUCAUUUUCAAGUAUUUUAAACAUGGAUCCAGGUCUUGCGCUUGUUAACUUGCCAGUUUUAGUAACAGCAAAGAUAGUUUGAACAUUGGAUAACAUCACAAUAUUCUGCUCUAAACCUAGCAAGCAGUACCUAUACUACCAUUGUCUUUCUUUCAUUAAGUUUCCUAAUUUUUAUUUAUUUUUUUUUCUUUUUCUCUUUCUUCAACUCCCCAUAUCUUUUAAAUUUUUUUUUUUUUUUUUUACCGUUUUACUUAUAAGCAAUUAUUAUAUAUUUGAGUAAAAGAUUGUUUAAAUAGCUGUACGAUUUUUAAGGCACCUUGCAUUAUGUUAGACUACAAUCUGAAUAUGUACAACCAAUAAAAGCAUGCAAUGACAGAUCGAUGAAUGUAUGACGGUGUGAAUCCAAUACGAUAGGAGAUCGAUAUGUAGCGAUUGCAAAUAUGACAACUGACAAUAUGAAGUAUUGAUUGAGGUAAUGAUUUAUGGUUUUAGAAAGUAUGGUAUCAGGUAAGCACACAAGUGGAUCCUCCAAUUGGUAUGUUACAGGUGUGUCUGUUUAUAUACUGGCGUAGAUAACAUUGACAAGGUGUUGUUAUCUAAGAAUUAUGUGAAUGACAGUGUGAGUGUAUUAUUAUAUCAGAAUGUCAUUUAAACUAUCCACGAAUAACGCACGCAGGCAUAUUCAUCACUCUAUAAGUAGGUAAGAAAUAGAUAUCUUGAUUAUCUAUAUUAAACGAGCAGUUUCACCUUCAAUCUUCAAUGAACCGUUCCGUAUUAUACAUGGUCCAUGUAAUAAGAUGUGUUUCACACUAAUUUAAAUCCGAAUCUUAAAGUGGUUUGUGACUUGAUUUUAAUUAAAUGUAAAAGAAAAAUGGAUAAAAUUUUUUCACGCUUAUUAAUAUUGAUAGGAGAUAUUUUUGCUGCUAUCUUAUUGUAAAAUAAAAUUUACACGAAUGGCAUCACCACGUGCCGAGUAUUUUUCAUAUCUCGUAUAAAUGUGUGGUAUAAUGUAGGUAUCGGUAAACAUUACGGAAAAAUAUAUACCGUUUUUCUUGAGAUAGUUAAACUUUUUACGAACAUUAUGAUGUCACAAACCUGCAAUGCGAAACGUUUUUCGUGAGAUAGAUUAAAUUAUCUAUUAGUAUUUUCGGAUAUAGCUACUAUUUGACGAGUUCAAUUGAUUUCCCUUUGCUUCAUAAUACACAAAGUUCUUGCAAACAAUAUACAGUUCUGGUUUGGCAAAAUGAAACUUAUUAUUGGAAAAAUAUAAUCACGGAUUUCACGAAAAGCAGGCUUUUUUUUCUAAGUAAUACAAUAAUAAUACACGGUCUUAUACCGCAACGUAUCUAACCACGGCAUUGAAAAAAAAGUAAAUAAAUAAAUAAAAUAAAAAUAAAUGUUAACACACAAGUACCUGGCACACUGG